CACGGCACGCUGCCUGUUUGUUGUCUGUUGGUGUACGGCAGCGAUGUUGAUGUCUACGGUGAACGUGUCAAGAGACGCGACGCACAAUUGUCACUGGACUACUUAGACUCUCUGCUUUUCACAUGGUUUGCACUUUUUCUCUUCCUGCAUAUUGUUGCGCAUGCUGUGACGAUAUGGAGUAAAUGGGUAAAGGACUAAACUAAACCUUGAUAUUUGGGAUCUGCACCCAAGUGAACCAGCACGUGUAUAUUUAAGUCAAGCAUAUUGGUUGACAAUGAGUUCCCAAGUCGACGCAAAUGUCCCCACUCCUGACAUGCCUGCGGUGUUUGACGGCAUGAAGCUGGCGGCUGUGGCCACGGUGCUGUAUGUCAUCGUACGGAGCCUCAACCUGAAAAGCCCCACGGCGGCCCCUGACAUCACCUGUCAAGAUACCCCUCUCAUUCGCUACCUACUGAAAUCUUGCCCAAUUCUAACCAAAGAGUACAUUCCCCCGCUGUUAUGGGGGAAAAGUGGACAUCUCCAGACUGCUCUUUAUGGCAAGAUUGGAAGAGUGAAGUCCCCUACACCCUACGGGCUUCGUAUGUACCUGCCCAUGCAAGAUGGAGCCACUGCCACCUUUGACCUGUUUGAGCCGCAGGGCGUCCACAACACUGGAGAUGACAUCACCAUGGUGAUCUGUCCUGGGAUCGGUAACCACAGCGAGAAGCAUUAUAUACGGACCUUUGUGGAUUAUUCCCAGAAACAAGGCUACAGGUGCGCCGUCCUUAACCAUCUCGGAGCGCUGCCAAACAUCGAGCUCACAUCCCCGAGGAUGUUCACCUACGGUUGUACCUGGGAGUUUUCUGCUAUGGUGGGCUACAUUAAACGCACAUUUACGCAAACCCAACUAAUCGUGGUGGGCUUCAGUUUGGGAGGAAACAUCGCAUGCAAGUUUCUGGGGGAGAAUCCUGCCAAUCAGGAAAGAGUACUGUGCUGUGUCAGCGUGUGCCAGGGUUAUAGUGCUCUAAGAGCUCAAGAGACAUUUCUACAAUGGGACCAAUGCAGAAGACUCUACAAUUUUGUUAUGGCAGACAACAUGAAAAAAAUUAUUCUGUCCCACAGGGGAAGUUUAUUUGGUACAAGCUAUAGCAAAAUGGAGUUAGCCGACCUCAGUCGCCUAUACACAGCCACUUCACUGAUGCAGAUUGAUGACAACAUUAUGAGGAAGUUUCAUGGACACGACUCCCUAAAGGACUAUUAUGAGAAGGAGAGCUGUGUGCAUUAUAUUCACAAUAUCAACGUUCCUCUUCUCUUGGUGAACUCCUCAGAUGAUCCUUUGGUCCAUCAGUCCUUGUUGACGAUACCUCGCACACUAGCAGAAAAGAAGCCAAAUGUUAUCUUUGCACUGACGCUUCACGGUGGCCAUCUUGGCUUCUUCGAGGGUGCCGUUCUCUUUCCACAACCGCUUUCCUGGUUGGACAAAGUCAUAGUCAGUUACUCCAAUGCUAUCUGUCAGUGGGAGAAGCACAGACCGCAGUGCCGCUAGGCAUCAUAUCACACUGUGCAAUACUUGCAGUGGUGUUUACGUUUUCUUUGAAGUCAGGUUGGAUGUUUAAAUGAUGGCUACUAAAGGUUUGAAUCACCAGCGUUUUUUGCUCUGACCUUUAAGGGGGACAUUAGGAGCACAGACUACAGGUUAAGUUGGACAUCAUUAUUGCAGUCGUGUUGUUGCUACACCGUGGGAUGUGUGGUAUGUUUAAGAAGGUCAUAGGAAUAAUUUGUGAACUAACAUAUUGCAUGAUCAAACUUUAAAAAUGUAAAGGUGUUGAUGGGUAGAGGUACAGAUGUUUUGUAAAAAACUGGCUGUAAAUUCAAAUGUAUGUCAUAUAAAGGUUUUCUGUCCUAUUGCCUUAAAACAUCAGAUCAGCCUUUAAUGACCUUAAAAAUGUGUUUGUUUGUUUGAAAACUGUUAAUAUGGUAAUGUUUGACAAAAAAAACUGUUGCCUUGAAUUUACUUACAUAUAUUCUAUCACAACUUUUAUAAAUAAAUAAACAAAUUAUCACUUGUA